AUGAGAAGAUCACAAUUUACAACAUUAACACAAUCAAAUCAAGAUGUUUCAAAUACUACCAAUAUAUCACCACCACAACCACCACAUCAAAUAAUCAAUAAAACAAAUUAUUGUUUAUUAAUUAAAGAUAAUAGUAAUAAUGAACAAAAUGAUAAAUCAUUUACAUUAAAGACUGUUCAAUCAAAUUGUUCAGAGUCUUUAGAAUUUAAUAUAAAAUCAUUCAUUUAUCAAAAAAUAACAAAAAAUAUGAUUUAUAAAUCUGGUUCUUUUGGUAUUUUAGAAAAUAAUAAUAACAAUAAUAAUAAUACUCAAAAUCAACCAAUUAAUAAUAGUAAUAAUGAUAAUAAUAAUAAUAAUAAUGAUAAUAGUGAAAAGAAAUUUACGUUAUCAUGUUUUUAUACAAUGAUUGAAGUACCAAUAAUACAUAAUAAUACAAAUGAUGUUAGUAAUAAUAAUAGUAAUAGUAAAUCAACUCCAUCUAGUCCAAUGAAAUUAUCAGUAUCAGAUUUAUUAGAAGAUGAAGAAUUAAUAUCAAAAAAUAAUAAUUUUCAAGAUGAUUUAGAAAAUUUAAAUAGUUUAGUAGAUUUCUCUAUAAAUGAUGAUUUAGAUGAUAUUGUAAAUGAUAUAGAUGGUGAUGUUUCUUCACCUUCAAAUAAAAAUACAACAUCAACUAAUCUUACAAAAACAGAGAAUGAUGUAAAUUUAAAAAAGAAACAGCUUGAAAACUCAUUAAAGGAAUAUUAUUUAUGUUUAGUAUGUGAAACAGAGAAUGAUGUAAAUUUAGGUUUAUUCCAUUUAGAAAUAUCUGAAUUUUGUUCAUCAUUAACAAUAUUAAUUAGUGAAAUUAUUAAUAGUAACAAUUGUAAUAAUAAUGGUAAUAAUAUCACUGAUAGUAAUAAUAAUAAUAUUAGUAUAUAUAGUGAUUUAUCAAUUCAAAAUAAAUUAUCAAAUUGGUAUUCAAAAUGUAUAGAUUAUAUAAGUAGAGCAGUUAAAUUGUUAGAUAUAAAUAUUCAAUAUAUAAUUUAUUCAACACUUACUGGAAACACUUUUAAAAUUAUAACUUCACCAUUGUCAUCAUCACCACAAACAUUGGCAACAAUGAAAACAAUAUCAGAUGAUAUAAUUAGCUUUUUAAAAACUAUUAGUAUUGUAAAUUUAUCAACAAAAGAACUAUCACCAAAUCAAUUCAUAAUUAAACCAGAUGAAAGUAAUAACUCUGUAAUAUUUGAUAAUAGUAGUAGUAGUAAUAAUAAUAAUAAUACAAUUGCAAACACAACAAAUUAUGAUUCAAUAGAUGAUACUACCACUGAUAAUAAUAAUAAUAACAAUAAUAAUAAUAAUAAUGAUAAUCUAUUUAUAAUCGAAAUAAAAGAAUCUGAAGAAAGUAAUGAUAAAUUUAAUAUUGUUUUAAAUAAACAUGAUGAUAAUUUAUUUUGUAAGAAAUGGUCAAAUAAAUAUAUUGAAAAUAUAAAUAAUUCAAUUUCACUUAGAAAUUUAUCAGAGGAUUUAAAAUUGAAGGUUAUUCAAGAAUUCAAUAUGUUUAGAAGAAUGAUUGAUAUUUCAACUUUAAAUAAUUAUUUAUUAUAUAAAUCUUUUCUAUUUCUAAGUUGUAAUGAUAAUAGUGAUAUUCUUUUAUACCUUUUAAAAAAAGAUAACAUUCAAGAUAUCAAAGAGGUUUUAAUAGUUUUAGAGAAUCAAUUAAAACAACACCAACUUAAAAUAAAUAAUAAUUAA